AUAAUGUGAUAUAAUUGGGAUAACUUGGGAUUUUAAUAUUUCAGGUAAUUAUGGUAGAGGGAGAGGUACCUGUUUGCAGUAACUAAAUAUCUAAAGAGCAUUUCAAAGAAUUUAAUGUUGAGAUGUUGCCAGUGUGUUUUAAGAAUUGUAUGCCUGGCCUGUUUAUGAAGGGCUGUUUUCAGGAUUGCUGAGAAAAUAUAUGUGAAGCAGUAUUUAAAAACUACACAUUUUAAUUUAUUUCUUCUUUUCCAUUAUGUGUUUGAUUUUUGAAUUAGAACUAUAUUAUAAGAGUGUGGACUUCACUCCUGAAAACAUAGCUGUGUCUUUAAAAGAGUAAAGUGGAAGGUGGGCCUAAAUGUAAGCAUUAAGAAUGAUCCUUACAGUCCUGGCAAUCCUUUCUAAUAAUACAGUGUUGUAGCUGUCAAAUGAUGGCACAAAUAUCCUAAUCUACUGAGAUGGCUUUUUAAUCCGAGCCAUUAAUCAUGUUUUAUUAGCUUUAACGGAGUCAGGCUGCUGUCAUUUCAAUGUUGCUCUGGGACAAUGUGCCGACAAUGUUCUGCAGGUGUAACUUUCACUCAAACACUAUUUCUGAGCAACAAGCUCAUGUUGGGAGAGAGUGCCAUCUCCCGUUUUAAGUAUCCAUUGUACACCAUUGAACUUCUGCAUUUUGCUUAUGCAUUGUACGCAACUUUAUGUGUGCUUGUUCUAGACCUCAGGGUCAGUUGGGAAAGAGUUAAAAUGUAAACAACGUUGGCCAGUUAACUGUAUCACGACUACUGCUAUUUAGCAAUUGUAAAGUGCUUAAUAGCUUUAGUGAUUAGAUGGUAAUGAUGAUGGUGAUAUUUAUCAUGUCCCCAAACACAUUAAGGACAGUUGAAAUCACAUAUUUGUUUUUUGCAAGGGAAAAUGGAACAUAGUAAGAAUAGUAGUAAUUAAACUAUGGAAAUCACAUUUAUGGAAUUUUUGUUUUCUGUCAAGUUGUUUUUUCCCCCCUCUUGUUAUUUAUGUUUAAGCUGAUAUGUUAUUAUCAUUGGAGUAAUGUCCUACUUCAUUUGGUUGUUUUGAUAGAAGAGCUGAAGGGCCUGUGUUUUGGUUCUAAUACAGUAACAUAUGUCGUUUUAUUUCAUAUUGAUGUUAUGUUAUGUAGAUGGUGCACUGUUUAAUGCAUUCUUGUUCUGGGAGAGGAGAAACUAUUCCUAUUUCUAAAUAGAAAACAUCUUGUAAUUUAAAAAUACUUUAGUGCUACUACAUUUACAUUUUGGCUAUAAUGAAACAUUAUAUCAGUGUGUUUUGUGUACAUAUAAGUGGUUGUGUGCAUUUGAAAGAACUUCAUAUAAUGAGAAGCAGAUGUGCCACAGUGACAGCAGGCAAGUAGGGGCUGGAGAAAGAGCUGGAUUCAUUAACAGGGCCCUGGGAUAAAUGCACCACAUAAGAUAGUAAGUGAAAGACAGAAGCUGUUGAUGAGGGUGACCUCUGAAUGCAAGUCAUCUUACUAUAAACAGAAGGGUGUGGAAAGCCAUUGGUCUGAGCCAAGCUUGUUUACUAUCCAGAUCUCACUUUCCUUGACUUAAGUAAUCCUGCAGUGCCUGUUCACGGAGGAACACUGUGUCUUAAUUCUGCCUUAAUUCAAGAUAACGGCACUAUCUAUGGAAUUAAUUCAUCAGUUUAGCUGUGCACCUCCGGUGCUCGUGUAUUCGAACAUAGUCAAUGCAAAACCUUAACAGAAGCAUGCCCUUUUUUUGAAAGGGGAAUUGACAUGCUUGGGGAGUUCUUUGAAAUUUCUUGAGAAGGAAAUGAGGUGAAGAAAACGUGCACAGAUUUGGAUGUUUCAGAAUCCCAGAAUUCCAGAUCUAUGGAAAUGCAGGAUCUAGGAAGCCCUCACAAUCUUGUGGGAAGCAGUGAAACAUCGGGUACUUCUAAGUUGGACAAAUCUAAUCUUAGUAGUACAUCCGUUACAACAAAUGGAACAAGUGGAGACAACAUGACUGUUUUAAACACUGCAGACUGGUUGCUGAGUUGUAGCACUCCUUCUUCUGCAACAAUGUCUCUUCUUGCAGUCAAAACAGAGCCUAUGAAUAGCAGUGAAUCAACAACAACAACAAGUGGAGAUGGAUCUCUGGACACUUUUACUGGAUCAGUAAUAACAAGUAGUGGCUACAGUCCAAGAUCAUCACAUCAGUACUCAACACAGCUGUAUCCCUCCAAGCCCUAUCCACAUAUUCUGUCUACUCCAGCAGCUCAAACAAUGUCUGGCUAUGCUGGUCAGACACAAUAUUCUGGAAUGCAGCAGCCUGCAGUAUAUACAGCGUAUUCACAGACUGGGCAACCUUACAGUUUACCUACUUAUGAUUUGGGUGUAAUGUUGCCAGGCAUCAAGACGGAAAGUGGACUUUCACAAACACAAUCACCCUUGCAGACUGGGUGCCUUAGUUAUAGCCCAGGAUUCUCCACACCGCAGCCAGGCCAAACACCAUACUCAUACCAAAUGCCAGGUUCUAGUUUUACACCAUCAUCCACUAUUUAUGCAAACAAUUCAGUCUCAAAUUCUACGAACUUCAGUAGUUCACAACAGGAAUAUCCAUCCUAUACAACUUUUGGCCAAAACCAAUAUCCACAGUAUUAUUCACCAUCAACAUAUGGAGCUUAUAUGACCUCAAACAACACUACAGAUGGUACCUCUUCAUCCUCAUCAACAUACCAGCUUCAGGACUCUCUCCCUGGGCUAACCAGUCAACCAGGUACAGACCUCCAUCCAGGAGAGUUUGACACUGUGCAGAGCCCCUCAACACCAAUCAAGGAUCUUGAUGAAAGGACAUAUAGAAGCUCUGGGACAAAAUCAAGGGGCAGAGGACGUAAAAAUAACCCAUCACCCCCUCCGGACAGUGACUUGGAGCGAGUAUUUGUUUGGGAUUUGGAUGAAACUAUCAUCGUCUUCCAUUCUCUUCUUACAGGCUCUUAUGCACAAAAAUAUGGAAAGGAUCCGCCUGUUGCAGUGACUCUUGGACUUCGGAUGGAAGAAAUGAUUUUUAAUCUUGCUGAUACGCAUUUGUUUUUUAAUGAUUUGGAGGAAUGUGAUCAAGUACAUAUAGAUGAUGUUUCUUCAGAUGACAAUGGACAAGACCUAAGUACCUACAGUUUUGCAACUGAUGGCUUCCAUGCAGCUGCAAGUAGUGCAAACCUUUGUCUGCCAACAGGUGUAAGAGGAGGAGUUGACUGGAUGAGGAAGCUGGCAUUCCGUUACAGAAGAGUAAAAGAAUUAUAUAAUACUUACAAGAAUAAUAUUGGAGGACUACUUGGUCCUGCAAAAAGAGAUGCAUGGCUACAACUAAGAGCAGAGAUUGAAGCUCUCACUGACUCCUGGCUGACAAAUGCACUUAAAUCAUUAUCAAUUAUUAGUACAAGGAGUAAUUGUGUAAAUGUCUUGGUAACAACAACCCAACUUAUACCUGCCCUAGCAAAAGUCCUGCUGUAUAGUUUAGGAGGUGCUUUUCCUAUUGAAAAUAUUUACAGUGCAACUAAAAUAGGAAAAGAAAGUUGCUUUGAACGAAUAAUGCAAAGGUUUGGCAGAAAAGUAGUAUAUGUUGUAAUUGGGGAUGGUGUAGAAGAAGAACAGGCAGCAAAAAAGCACAACAUGCCUUUCUGGAGGAUAUCUAGUCACUCGGACCUCCUGGCUCUACAUCAAGCUCUGGAAUUAGAGUAUUUGUAACUGUUGUCACAUAGCUGACAAAUUCCUUUUAUAUUUCAAGUACACUGAAAUCUUUUAUGUGUGAUCCGAUGCCUCUGGCUUUACACAUAUGUAUGGUCUUAAGAAGGAAAAGCAAUAUUUGGGAUGAAAAUUCCAUGUGAAGAAUUCAGAUUACUGAAUGGAGUUACAGCUUUAAUUCUACACAAGAAUUCUCUAUAUGGUCUUAUAUAUACAGGAUUUUGGAUGAUUAAAGAACCAUAAAAGGAGGUUGCUGGUACACACCAAAUGAGCCUUUGCCAGAGUGAAUAGCUUUUGCAAUGGACUUAGACUGGGAAAGCAGUGAUAUGUAUUUUCUAAUCAUCAGUGGUGGUAUUCAACAACAUUCCUCAAUAUGGGAUAUAUUCACAGCACUGAGGUUUGAAUCAAACUUUAGUCUAACCAACUAACCUAGAAAAUCUGAAUUGGAAUGCACUCAGACUGUACAAUGACAAUCUUGUCUAGAUAUGUAAAAUGUGUAAAUUAUUGGUGAAAAUAAUUUACUGUGACUUUAUUAGCAGCUGACUUUGAAAGUGGAUGCAAUUUAUUUCUUUUGUUUUGGAGGUGUAUGGGAUGGGGCUCCAUAAUAAUAAUUAUUGUCUCUUUUAUAAGUUUGGCAAACAGAAUGUGCAUAAUGAUGUGUUGUGCCUUAAAAGACAAGAUCUUGUUUGUGUGUUACAAUGGUUUAACAUUGGUUUAAGAUAAUGUAGAUAAACAAUACAUCUUUGUGAUAAUUUUUGACAUGACCAAAUUUCAAAUUCAAAUAAUCAGAGAUCAGUGCUGCAUCAAAGUAUUCGUUGCAGUAAAAAAAAGUACAAUAAUGUAAAUUUUGUGUUUUAUUUAGUUUCUUAAUAAUUCCACUGUAGGAGGCAAGUAAAUUAAAAGAGUGUCAAAAACGUGGAAUGAUAGUAGGCACCAUGGUAGUGGAAAAAAUUGAUAGUUGGUUACUUGGGAUCUUUUUCUCCAUUUUUGACUUGAAAGAAAACAACAACAAAUGUAUUUAUUAAUUACUUGCACAGCAAUAGAUUUGAUUUUAUUAAACAUAUAUGUAAACAGGUAAAGGUAAAGGUUUUCCCUUGACAUUAAGUCCAGUCAUGUCUGACUCUGGGGGUUGGUGCUCAUCUCCAUUUCUAAGCCGAAGAGCCGACGUUGUCCGUAGACACCUCCAAGGUCAUGUGGCCGGCAUGACUGCAUGGAGUGCCAUUACCUUCCCACCAGAGCGGUACCUAUUGAUCUAUUCACAUUGGCAUGUUUUUGAACUGCUAGGUUGGCAGGAGCUGGGGCUAACAGCGGCCGCUCACGCCGCUCCCGGGGUUUGAACCUGGGACCUUUCGGUCUCCAGCUCAGUGCUUUAACGCACUUCGCCACCGGGGCUCCAAACAAAUAUAUAAACAGAAUCAAUUGACCUAGGUUCAAAUUAUGAGUUCACACAAUUGCAUGCAACAAAUUACCCAUAAAGUUGCCUGGGUACUGUCCAAAGGUAUACUCAGAAUUAACCAACCAAAGAAGGCUAAUUCAAAAAUACAAGGAGAGUACUUCCAUUUAAUUCAGAAUCAGAUUAGAUCACAAACUACAAAUGAAAAGUCUCAGAGAAGCUGAGUAAUAAUUACCAUAGUGGAAAACUAAAACAGGAAUACUAGGAUCUUAAAAUUAAAUUGCCAAUGGAACCAAAAUUUAAUCUUCAGGUUUUUUUAUUAUAUGCUAUCAGUUAUGGUUCUCUAGUUCUUUCAGUCCAUGAGUUACUACCGUAUCCAAUUCAUUUAAAACUUUUCCAGCUGGCUUUGAGCAAUGAAGGGGGAGGCUUAAUAUGUGUAUCAGUAGUGCUUUCUUUCCUUCCCCCUCUCACUGGCUACCUCUUGCUCCCACAUGCACUACAGUGUGCUUUCCACUAAGUGUUAUAGUUUAUUUGCAUUUCUUGUGCAUUCUGCAUAACCAUUUAUUCUUCCAUUUCACCAGAAAUCCAGCUUGUUUACUCAAGGUAUGCAUAACCACAGCAUGUACUGUUUCUGAGGCCCAGACUGCCCUGGCCACCUCUUUUCUCCAUUAAAAAUGCUGAAUUAUCUUUUUCUUUGGAACCUUCAGAAGCAGAUAAUCACCUUUUAAAUAGUUUGCAGCCAAUCCCUUCUCCUUGCAAUGCUUAACAUCAAAAAUAUAAUUUUAAAAAUUAGAAUCUCCACUUUAGGAUUGGAGUGUAACGUGUCUUUCUUAUUUUUUGCAACCCUGUGCAAUCCCCAGGUUAGACAUUAGGUCCCAGACCUGCCAGAGUUGUUCACUUCUGGUAUCUGUUGAGAUGUAUGCAGUCCCAUCAUGCAGUGGACAAGUAUGCUUGUUGUGGUGAAUUGAAGAAAUAUAGCAAAUGGGUGUCAAAAUUAAUUGUGAUUCAUUGUGGCUGUACAACCUACACUGGCUGCAGUAUUGUACAAUGAAAUCUCUGCAUGUUUACUGGGAAUUAAGUUUAACUGUAAUCAACAGGAAAGUCUGCAUAGAAGUGCAAACGAUAUCUUUCCUUUCUCUUCUGUUCUGCAUUCAUAAAAUUCACACAAGUUCAAGAGAGAAUAGUUGUGUUCCUCUUAUAUGGGUAAAUUCAUUGUGUUUAUACAGCAAAUCUUCGGUGAAACACUCCAAAUACAGAUUUGUUAACAAAGUUAUAAAAUAAUCUAUUCUUUGGAUCAGCACCUCACUCUGUUCAUGAUAGUUUCAAUUUGAUUUGAUUGGCAUUGCUGACAACUAAAUAUAGUACUAAAAAGGAAUUAUUAUAUCAUCAUUUCAGAUAAGUUAUUUAAAAAAGAAACCCAUUGCGCACAAUUCAUAUAUUCCUGCUGUAUCUAUCAAGUUGAUUCUAAAUAAGAAUGAAAUAUUAUAGGUGAAGUCUUCCAGCUAUUUAUACUUGUGCACUGUUGUUUCAGAGCUUCCUUUUAAAAAAGUACUUCAACAAUAUAUAAAAGAUUCAAACUUUGUCAAAUUUGGUUGUAAAUGUAGAUUGUUUAAAAGAACUUACUUUUAAAAAUGUUCCAAUUAAAUACAUAGUAUUAAAAUUCACCCUGUUUUGAUAAAACAAUGUAAUGUCAUCACAGUACAUUUUGUUUCAUUCAUAUAUGAUUGACAGGGUCGAGUGAUCUAAAGGGAGACAUUGUCAGUUUUAAUCUGUCCAUCACUGACUCCUCUACAGAUUGUUCUAUUAAAAUUUCAGUUCUAAUUCAUAAAAAAUAAUAAAAACUUUAUAUCACAUGGAGAAUAUCAAGAAAACAAAACUCUAGAAGCAGAAAGAAACUUAAUUGUAAAACUAUAUCUCCAUGAAAAAUCAAGAUAUUGUUAUUGAAUUUAACCUAAAGUAAAAUUUAAAAUAAAAUCUGUAGAAAUUUUAGGAGCGGGAUUCAAAAUCAAAAGAUUCCUGAAAGUAAAGUCGAGGGCAAUGGCAUGAAGCACAAGGAAGAAGAAUCUUGGUCUGGUUAGAACCUCCGCAGUUUGGGACUUCAUCUGCGUAAUACUGAAACAUAGUUUGCACAAAAGAAAGCAAUUUCUGUGCAGAAAUUAAUAUUUCUCAGUUGAAAUACUAGUUUACACAUAGGAAAUACUGCAUUUUUUGGCAUAGACAAAGUAUAGUUUGGGAUUUAUUUUGCAUAAAAGAGACACAUGGUUAAUUUGCAUAAAAACCAUUUUUGUGUAGGCAACAGCUUUUGUAGUGCAAGAAAUAGUAUUUCUGCAUUACAAUGGUAUUUUCUGCACAGAAAAAUCUUCUGCAUAAAAUUUGGUCAUUGUUUGCUUCCAUUAAAAAAAAAACUUCCUCAGCAGAAAAUAGUGGGGGGUUUUCUCCAAGAAUGAAUAUUUUUGCAUUUUCAGCUAGAAAAUGCUGUUUUCUGAUCAAAACAGAUACGUACAAAUUUUGUGUAGAAAAAAUCCUGAAUUGUAAAUAGCCUUUGAAAAUGAUAUGGCUUCUCACAGCAGGAAGAUACCCUCUCUCCUUUGAAUUCCUAUCCCACUGCACAGAAAAACAAGAAGAACAAAAAAUCCCAUGUGCUAAAAGCUUGUGCAAUUAAGAUAGUGACAUUUGUGCCUUUGUAGUUGCUGUACCAGUAUAAAUGGAAACAGUACAUAAAUAUUAAGCACUUUGAGUGUUGUGCUUGAGCUAUGGAAAUCCAGCAGUUUGAUUUGAUGUAAAUAUAAAGAAAUAAGGGGAGGGUAGACUUGAUAAACCACUAAAGUGAAAAAUUGCAAUAUAUUGAUUGUGCACAUAAAAUAUAGAGCACAAUUAUCCCCUUAGAGCUCAGUGAGCACUUCUCCCUUCUUUCUCAUCAGGCCCUUGGCUAAUAAUAUAGGCAUCCUAAUGCAUCAUCCAUUGCCUACUGUAAGAAGACCAUACAUGGCCCUCUGCUUCCAAGGACCACACAUAACUAGCUGCUCAUGCUCUGACAUAGUGUGGGGGAAAUUGCCCUCAGUGUACGUCAGGAAGCAACCUGAGCAUAGUGAAAGAAGAAAAACUGUGUAUUUGAAAAUUAUAGUAAAUGUCUGCGCAUUUAAAUAAGUGGUGUCCAAAAUCAAAUAUCAAACUAAAUGUUUCUGACACAAUAGGUCAAACAAUAGAACCCAAUCUAAAUUUUUCCAUAUAUUGAGAAACUAUAAUGUCAUGCCCAUUACAGGAUUAGAUCUGAAUUUCAUUUCAGGGGUAUUUUUAGGGGGGGGGGAGCCAUGUCUAGAUGCUUGAUUACAUGUGAUAUUUAGUGUCUUUAGAGAUAAACUUAACUGACAUGAGCCAUUAUGACAUUUGAACUCCCAGCAUUAGCAGCCUUGUGGAACUGUUGAAGCCAAGGGUCUAUGUAAUGUAAGUCAUGAUUUAUUUGGGGAAAACAUUAUUUAAGAAAAUGUAAAUUAAUAUUGAAAGCUUGUAAAAAUGUGUAUAUCUUUACUAUUUCUCAAUAAAUGAAUGUGAAAAUGUUGUCAUUUUCUGCACCAUCAUCAUGCUUAGACUGCCUUUGGUUUUCUGUAUUCAGUUGUUGUUUUUCAUUACAUAUAUUGUUGGAUGUAAUAUAGAUUAUUGGACAUAAUCUAUAUAUAUAGCUGCCUUGAUCUUUAAGAGUACCCAUAGAAUUGGAAGUAUAAAUGCAAAAUCAUUUCCUUACGAUGAAAUUUCCAUUGUUUAGUUGUUGAGCCAGGGAAACAGGAUUGAGGGGAAGUGUAUUUCGUUCCCGGUCACUCUCCAGAAGAAAUUAUUGCUGGAAAUGGCUCAGAGUUUCUGCUGUAUUUAUAAGACAUUUCCAUGUUCAUGGCACUUUUCCUCUUGUUAAAGGAUAUCCAUUAUCAUCUUCCAGAAUGAUGUGCCUGUUGCUUGAAAAUGAAUUAUUAUUACUAUCAUCAUCAUCAUCAUCAGUCAUUCCACCUUUCUCCUAGAAAUGGGACUCAAGGUGAUUUAUGACAUAUUUAAAAUAAUACAAAUUUUAAAAUAGACGCAGCUAUCCUAGCCUUUCUAGGGAAAAAGUUCCAAAGAAUGGGAGCAGCUACCAAGAAGGCCGCCUUCUCCCUUGUUUCCAUCAGACAAGCCCAAGAAGGUGAUGAGACAAAGAGAAAGACCUCUCUAAAAGAUCUUAAGAAUUCCAAUGGAAUUGGAGAUAUGGUCCUUCAAAUAACGUGGAUCCAAGGUGUAAAUGUAGUGUAACCCAGGCAAUCCCAAAAUAUGUCUUCUGUAUUUAUAUUGGUUUUGCAAACAUGAUUCUUCUGUCCUCACCAUCACUAUUGUAUGAAUCUUUUCAUUAGCUGUAAUAAUUGUAUGUUGGUGUUCACCUAUAUACAGGUCACACACCAGUUCACUUUAGGGUUGUCUGAAUCGAGUAGCAAUAUACCAGUGAAAAGACAGACUUCCUAAUUUCUGAUGUUAUAGGUCAAUGCAUGGUACUAAUUCAAGAAGAAAUAAUAUGAGCCAAUAAGGUUUGUAUUCAUAUCUCCUGAAGCUGAGCAGCUGCUUUCUGGGUGCCUAUAGAUAAAUUACCAUACCCUGAACAGAAAUAACCUUGUUCUAGCAGAUGGUAAAGUGCACACAAUUAAUAUACACAAUAUACCCCCCCCCCCCAAAAAAAGCUGGUAAAUGUGACAUUAGAAUUCUCUCAUGAAAGCUUGAUUUAUUAACUUCAGCAAACAGAGACUUUGCCAAAUACCUCUCUGGAAGAUUAUAUCCUGUGUUGCCAUCUGUAUUACACUAGAUUCCACCAAGAUAGAAAAUUGAAAAUUCUUGGGUGGCUGUUGUCCUGUCACAUUCCAUUCGAAGUCAAAGGGAGGGACACCUCACUACUUUAUUCUCCGACUCUUCAUUCUUUGCUUUUCAUUCUGGUUCCCUAUAUGCUUACGCACUUUCAUUUUAUGACAUUAUCCCAAAAUGACUUUAAAUUAAUCAGAUUGGUAGUACCUAAUAAAGUUACAUGUUUAACCAUGUUAAAGGAAAUCAGGCAUUUUAAUGUUUAGCAUGCAAAUAAAAUCUUAUUUAUGUAGUGUUACAAUAAUAUUUGCUUGGCCUCUUGCAGUAUAUUCAACAUUUCUAAUAACUCUGCGUAAGAUUAUUUGGAAACUAAGCACUGGAAUGUUGUGCAAUAACAAUUCAAAAUGAUCCAUAAAUAAAGUAGCCCAAUUGACCCUUUGGUGUUGGCAGAUAGGGAAAAAAAGGAACGAAAUAGAUCCGAUAUUAAGAAACAAAGCAGGCUUGUAGGUUCCAAACUGCUUUCCUUCUUAGCCAUUUUGAGUCAGCAAAAUGCUUCUUAACAAUGUUUCCUUUAUUUAAAAAAGUAGCACAGCAAGGGUGCCGUAUAUGAAUCUCUUCAUGAAAACACACACAGUGUGCCCAUAUUUCACUUGGAAUUACACAUAAACACAAGGCCUGUCUUGUAGAAGGAAAACUUGCAAGAUAGCUCUGAGAACUGAAAUAUCAAAAUGGAAGAAUUCCUUUUCAAUAAGCCAGUUUUGAAAGGACUCUUCUGCAUAGUGCUCUCAAAGCCUAUAGCAAGACACACUCCAGAAUCAAUUCGACAGAACCAGCACUACAGUGUCCCCUAAACCAUAUCCAACACUAAUUUUGCAUUAGAAAGUGGGAUUAUAGUAAGUAAGUAGUUCGCCUUUGAAGUCCUUUAAUAUGGAUGGUAGCUCUAUUGGAAAAGUUAAAUUAUAAAUAAAGAUGAGUAAAAGGUCAAUGAAGGAAGAUAUGUUUGCCAUUUAUUCAUUUCAUGUGUAAAAGCAAUGGUGAAUUUAAACCACCAAACAUCCAAGAAAUGUUAUGUUUGAGUAAUUUAUGAGUACAUUAUAAUAAUGUAAUGAAUAAAAUUAGAAAAAUGAAGUAAUAGGAUUAACAGUGCUGUAUUUUUUAUAAUGCUAUGUAAGUAACGGGAGGGUAGGGGAUAUACAUCUGGGAAUAGAUGGUGAGAUAAGACAUUCAUAUUCUGUUUCAAAUGUUUAAAUAAAAGUAUUUAAUAAAAAUGUAAAAAGUAAUUCACCUUUCAGAGAAACUGUCAUUACUGAUCUUACUGAGAAAUUAGAAAUGUCCAUGAAAGUGUUCAAAACAGAAUCCAUUCUUUUCAGCCUAAUGCUUUUGGUUCUAUGUACUUGCUUCUUUUUCCAGCCUAUUAUGCGUAUUUGUUCCUUUCCCUAUGUUACAGAAACCUGCUUGAAAAUGCAAAGAUUUUGCCCACAUUUCUCCUUAUAAUUCUCUUUCAUUUGCAUAUUUUGGCAGCUAUGCAUAUUGUAUACCAUGAUCAAAGCAAUUUUACUGGAUAUAAUACAGUGUUGUGUUAUUUCCACUAAUAUCUACUUUUUAGUUUAUAGGUUUAAGACAGCCCUCUAGAUUGGCACUGAUGAUUUGGAGAAGUGCAAAUCCCGAACUUUCAAAACCAAGGAUUUCUCCUUUUUCUCCAUGAAUACCUCCACAUUUAAUUAGAUAUUUCAGAUGAAUGACUUGACAUAAACUUUGAUGAUAUUUUAGUUUAUUUUUAACCAAAGAAGAGCAGCAGAACCAACAAAUGGCAAUAUCAGUGAGUAUUUAGAACAAUCAGAAAACGUGAUUAUCCUUUUUCAGUGCCAGAUAGUACUGAUUAUAUCUUAGCUAACAAUGCUGCUGUUUGAAUUUAUAAGUGACUAUUUGUUUUGUACUAAGAUAUAUACAAUGAAUCUAUUUGUAUCUUACUUGAAAUCUUUGUACAGGUAUACCUCUGUUAACAAAGUCUCUGACAGGGAAGCUCAAUUUUACAAUGUUUUUAUGGAGCCAGCCUUGUCUUCUGUCUAGCUGGAAGUUUGUUUGUUUGUUUUUGGAAGUGUCUGCAUUAGAAACAUGGUGAAGAAAUACACUUUCAGUGUUGGGUUGCAGCGGCAUGAAAUAAAGCUUGUCCUCGGAAAUUGUAGGAUUCUCUCCUGGGUUAUAUUAUAGGUGGGUUUCUUGUGGACAACUGCCUGCAGAAUCACAUACUGAACAAGUACGAAGAUCAAAACAGAAGGAAAAGGUGGCACAAGAUUUGCUUGCCUCGACAACUACCCUGACAUCCUGUAAAGCAUAGAUCUGUAAGGUUGCCACUAAAACAGAAAUCAUUAAAAACAAGUUCAGGCUGUUAAAAGAAAAGAAAAUCAACCUGGGAUGUAUUGGGAAGAAUUCAAGAUUCAAAAUACUUUUGUUUACUUACAUAAGGUUUACCCAACCUUGGUUGUUUCUUUCAUGUGUAUAAUGUUCAUUUUGAAUAAAACAUUUUCUGAAA